ACAAACAUAGCCUAAGUAAUUCUCUCCUUUUCUUGAUUUCUUCUAUGUAUCUAACAUUCUAACCACCUCGUUGCUUCACACUCCAGAUCUCUUAAUGGGUGUCUAGCUAUACGCACUGACCCCACGCGUCCGCAUAUCCAAUUGAAUACUGCUGUAGCCAAUAUCAUUUGCGCGAAGAGGAUCGACCAAAUUUUUGUUUGCAGAGGAAAACGCAGUUACAGGUUCCAGCCGAGGUGAUCGUUCAUGGCGGUUGCGGUCCGCGGCGGUCGGGUCGGAUCGGGGGGCGGAUCCGUGUUCCGGAGCUUCUUCAGCUACCGGAUCUUUGUUUCCGCCAUGUUCACGCUCCUAUUCCUCGCUACUCUGUCCGUACUGCUCUCCUCUCACCCAUCUCACAAUGAAACCGUUAUCGACCAUACAGGAGGCACCCAUGUAACUCGAACAUUUCUAACAUUGCGCUCAGAUCCUCUGAAGACUAGGUUAGAUUUGAUAGAUAACCAGGCAAAUAACCAUAUUGCCUUAGUUAAUGCAUAUGGCGCGUACGCAAGGAAGCUCAAACUUGAAAUAUCGAAGCAGCUUAAGAUGUUUGAUGAUUUGGCUAAGAAUUUCCAGGAUCUUCAACUGAAGCAGACCUAUCGAACUGCAUUGUUUGAAUCCGAAGGGCCGGUCGAUGAAGAUAUCCUGAGGCAGUUUGAGAAAGAGGUUAAGGAUAAAGUGAAAGUUGCUCGGCUAAUGAUUUCAGAUUCUAAAGAAUCUUAUGACAAUCAAUUAAAGAUCCAGAAAUUGAAAGACACAAUAUUUGCUGUUAAUGAGUUGCUUUUGAAGGCAAAGAAGAAUGGGGCCUUUGCCAGCCUGAUUGCUGCUAAAUCAACUCCCAAAAGCUUGCAUUGUCUUGCAAUGCGUCUGAUGGAGGAGAGAAUUGCACAUCCCGAGAAGUAUGAGGAUGAUGAGCCCAAGCCCGAAUUUGAAGACCCGACUUUAUACCAUUAUGCCUUAUUUUCUGACAAUGUGAUAGCAAUAUCUGUUGUUGUUAACUCUGUUGUCAAGAAUGCAGAGGAGCCAUGGAAACAUGUUUUCCACAUUGUUACAGACAGGAUGAACUUUGCUGCCACUAAGGUUUGGUUCAAAAUGAGGCCAAUACAGGGUGGUUCCCAUAUUGAGAUCAAAGCUGUGGAUAAUUUCAAGUUCUUAACUUCCUCAUAUGCACCUGUCCUCAGACAAAUCGGAUCUGCGAACCUGCAGAAGUUUUACUUUGAGACGAGGGCAGAGAACACUACUAAAGACGUGAACAACAUGAAAUUUAGAAACCCCAAGUAUUUAUCGAUGCUCAACCACCUACGGUUCUACCUGCCUGAGUUGUAUCCAAAGCUCCACAAGAUUCUAUUUCUAGAUGACGAUGUUGUGGUUCAGAAAGAUUUGACCGCCUUGUGGAAAAUCGAUAUGGAUGGAAAUGUCAAUGCUGCUGUCAAUACCUGCUUUGGCUCAUUUCACCGCUAUUCCGAAUAUUUAAAUUUUUCUCAUCCUCUCAUCAAGGAGAAAUUUAAUCCGAGGGCCUGUGCAUGGGCUUUUGGCAUGAACCUGUUUGAUCUCGAUGCUUGGCGGCGGGAAAAAAACACCGAGCAAUAUCAUUAUUGGCAGAAUCUGAAUGAGGACCGUUCCUUGUGGAAACUUGGGACUUUACCUGCCGGGCUCGUAACCUUUUACUCGACAACGAAGACGCUGGACAAAUCAUGGCAUGUGCUUGGGCUAGGGAUAAAUCCCAGCAUCAGUUUAGAGGAAAUUGAUAAGGCUGCAGUUAUUCAUUUCAGUGGGGACAUGAAACCUUGGCUGGAUAUUGCCAUGAAUCGUUAUAAGCAUCUCUGGACGAAGUACGUCGAUAAUGAAAUGGAAUUCGUGCAGAUGUGCAAUUUUGGCAUGUAAACUUAAGGGGCAUGGCUAUCCUCUGAAGUCGAGCGCGUUGAAAGCCUUUCUCGUUGUUAUAAGUCGUGACUUUCAGAACAAAUGUUCUGGGUGUAAUUUUCUCCCACAAAUUUUUGUGAUAGUUAAUGUAUUUCCACUUUAUUGCUACCGAAUGACCGGUGUUGUGUUUUGUAUACGGUGAACGUGAAACAUAUUUUUAUAGGCAUCAGUAUAGAGGCUCAUCAAAUUGAGAAAUAUUUAUCUGAUUUGGGGGUUUAUUACACACAUAUUUUUAUCUGAUUCGGGGGUUUAUUCAGAGAGUGAAAUUUAUGCAUUCAGCAUUUUAAUCUGCAUCUGUAUUCCAAUUUCAA